AUGGCAUAUCAAUUGUACAGGUCAACAACGUUGGGUAUUGCACUCCGUAGCACAUUGGAUGAAUAUGUGGAGGCUGACAAAUUGAAAGCAUAUCGAUUUUGUGAUAAUGUCUGGACAUUUGUCAUGGAAAAUGUUGAAUUUCGGGAUGUGACGCAGCCAAUUGAUGGUACAAUCGAUCGUGUCAAAAUUGUAGCAUGUGAUGCAAAUGCCGCAAAACUUGUCAACACAUAA